UCCAUCCAUCCUUCCAUUGCUUUGUCUUCUUCUUCCAUCUCCGUCCUCCAAGGAACCAACCAGAGACAGACUCCCCCCUCCCCAUCCGAUCCACCCAGGGUCCAGGGAGAACAAGAGGGAGAGCGAGAUGGUGGGCAAGGGAGAGGCCGCGGUGCACGAGGACGACCAGGAGGAGACCACAGGAGGCGUCGUCAAGCUCAUCAGCGCCGAGGGCUUCGAGUUCGUCAUCGACAAGAAGGCCGCCAUGGUCUCCAACACCCUGCGCAACAUGCUCACAUCACCUGGCGGCUUCUCCGAGACGCGCGAGGGCGAGGUGCGCUUCCCGGAGAUCCCCACCCACAUCCUCGAGAAGAUCUGCCAGUACUUCUACUGGUCCCUGCACUACUCAAGUGGGAAGGAGACGGCGGAGUUUCCAAUUGAACCUGAGAUAACCCUGGAGCUGAUGAUGGCCGCGAACUACCUCGACACUUGAGGGGACCUAGUGUUUGCAUCGUUUUGUAAUGGAUGGAUGGAUGGAUACCGCUGAAUCUCUCCCUCCCUUGUUUACAUCCACCGUGUGUUUGUUUGUGUUUAGCAGAUCUGAUCUGAUCUGAUCUGAUCUGAUCCUGUGUGGUGUAAUGUAAUGUAAUACAAGCAUCAGAGGAGGCAGACAGACAUGCAACGUGUGUGAUGGUAUUUUCUACAGUAAUACUGUAUACAGUCCCUCCA